AUGGCGACCGCGAUCCCCUCAAUAGCCUGCAUAGGCAUCAUCGGCCGCAACAACAACCCCCUCCACAUCUCCAUAUUCCCGUCGUACAACCCGUCAACAAACACCUUCGCACCGAUCCGCACGCCCCUCCAGUUCUCCCUCCUCCUCUCCUCGACCUUAGAUAUCUUUGAAUUACGACACAACGCAAGCGGGCCCAACGCGGCAGGUGCUCCCAGCGGGGCCUCCGGUCUCUCAGGCGAGGUCGGCCUCCUCCACGCGGUUGACGAGCGGCUCGCCGCGUACGGCUGGGAAACGAACACGGGCGUCAAGAUCGUCGUCGUCGUGGAUAUGCGCGGGCGGAGGGUCGGCGGCGGCGGCGACGCUGCUGCGGCUUCUGCCAAAGGACGGGGAGCUGUCGGGCUUCGUGAGCAGGAGUUGCGGGUCGUGUUCAGGGCGGUGCAGAGCACCUACGUCAGGUUGCUGCAGAACCCCUUUUACGAGCCCGACGAACACUCGCCGGUGUCUGGACGCGGGGGCAGGGUGAUUAAGAGCAAGAAGUUUGAGGGGGAUGUACGGAGGAUUGGUGAGGCAUGGACGCCUGGCGUCACGACGCUGUGA